AUUUUUUCACUGAACGGGCGAAGUCUGUUCUAGAUGGAAAAAAAGAGGGUAAACUGAGAGAAGAAAGGCUAUGUGGGGUGUUAUAUGGUGUCUGCCAUUGGAGGCUUUUCGGUCGUUAUCUCACGGAGAAGCGACGGAGGGGCUACUCAGAGAUAAGCCAUGUGCCUAGCCAAACACUGCCAAACACGUCUGCAUUGCUGCAGUGUCCCAAUAUAUAGCCCCGGACUGAAGCGGCGCUUUUUCUGCCAUCUCUCUCCUCCUCCGCAUACCACUCUUUUCGACAUAUCCAUCCAUGGCUUACCGUCCAGAUCUCUUGGCCCCAUACCUCGCCCUUCCUCAGGGUGACAAGAUCCAAGCGGAAUAUGUCUGGAUCGAUGGCGAUGGCGGUCUUCGUUCAAAGACCACUACUGUCACGAAAAAAGUGACUGACAUUGGUCAGCUCCGAAUCUGGGACUUCGACGGUUCCUCAACGAACCAAGCCCCCGGAAGCGACUCCGAUGUCUAUCUCCGCCCUGCUGCCAUUUUCAAAGACCCCUUCCGUGGUGGCGACAACAUUCUCGUUCUCGCCGAGUGCUACAACAACGAUGGCACUCCUAAUCGAACAAAUUACCGUCACCACGCAAAGAAGGUCAUGGAUUUGGCGAAGGACGUCGAGCCUUGGUUCGGUCUCGAGCAGGAAUAUACCUUGUUUGAUAUGGACGGUACUCCCUACGGCUGGCCCAAGGGUGGGUUCCCAGGUCCUCAGGGUCCCUAUUACUGCGGUGCUGGUGCCGGCAAAGUCUUCGCUCGUGACUUGAUUGAGGCCCACUACCGCGCCUGCCUCUACGCGGGUGUCAAUAUCUCUGGGAUCAACGCUGAGGUCAUGCCAUCUCAGUGGGAGUUCCAGGUCGGACCGUGUGAGGGUAUCUCCAUGGGCGAUCACCUCUGGAUGGCUCGUUUCCUCCUUAUUCGUAUCGCCGAGCAGUGGGGCAUCAAGGUCUCCUUCCACCCCAAGCCCCUCCAGGGUGAGUGGAACGGUGCGGGAUGCCACACCAACUACAGCACCAAGGCGAUGCGUGAGCCUGGAGGAAUGAAGCACAUCGAGGCCGCGAUCGAAAAGCUUAGCCAGCGUCACAACGAGCACAUCGCCGUCUAUGGCGAGGACAACGACCUUCGUCUCACAGGCCGUCACGAGACUGGUCACAUCGGCACCUUCAGCUCUGGCGUCGCCAACCGUGGUGCUUCUAUCCGUAUUCCGCGACACGUCGGUGCUCAAGGCUAUGGUUACUUGGAGGACAGGCGACCUGCUUCCAACAUUGACCCUUACCGAGUUACCAGCAUCAUCGUUGAGACCACCUGCCUUGACAAGUAGACUAAUUAAUUCGUCAACGAAGGUGUAUAGAUCCGGUCACGGACGUUGUAGCUGCCCAUUCAUUUGUACUUUUUACUAGUUUGUCGGGAUCCUCGGAGGAUUAGGUUCCAGCGCAUCACUCGAGUGUAUGUAAUCAAAAAGAUAUAUCUGUAUCGACUUUCCACUCUUCUUGUUGAAACUGCGAGCAUGGAUUUCAGUGAAAAAUCAUCGCAACAUGCUAAUAAUCAUGGUAUCAUGCAUAACAUUGUAGGUAAGUAUUACUAAGUACAAAAUUCAACUAUACAACCUUGGACCCUCGUCAAUACACAUGGAUAUCUCGUAAAUCGCAGAAACGUAGAAAAUACAUCAGUACUUAACCUGGCUUGUGAAAAUUUAUCGUCAAUAGGGGCUCUGCACAAUGCCUGACUUGCUCCGAAGGUUUCGAGUUGGAGUAGCAAGCGAUGCACGAGUAGGUCUCCUCAAACUCUUCUUGUUCACGGCCAAGACAUUGUUUUCCAGUGCGACGAU